UUUCAUUGGUCACUUGCCAAAAGAGGGGCGUCUCCGCAGCACAAUCCACAAUGUUAUGAUUGCCAUCCCUGUUUGGUCUAGCAUUUUUUUAAUGUUUUGGUCAGUUUUGACGACCUACCGAGUCGAUAUUUGCUAACGGAGUGAAGAGUGCGUUGCAAAAUGCUGAGUUUGGCGCAGCGGCGCCUGUUUCGGCCUCCCUGCGGAGGACACCUGCGCUUUUUCCGAAUGGGCAAAGUUGCGCCGAGCAGUGAGAACCCUUCGAGGAACAUUCUCAAGCCCGUGUUGUUCACCGGCGUGGUGGGCUCAACGUGUUUCGUCGGCGCCAGCCUGUGGCAGUACGAAGGCCUCAGGUCCAAGGUGAUCCAACGACAAGACUUCUCAACUCUUCUGCAGCCAAGGGUCAGGAAGACAGGCACCUUCAGACAGCACGUCAACGGCUGGUGGAACAACCUGACCGAAGGGCAGAGGAUUUUCGUGCCCAUUCUCGCAUGCAACGUUGCCAUUUUCUGCGCCUGGCAACUUCCUCGACUGCAGCCCUUCAUGUACCGCUUCUUCAGCGCCGACCCUGCCCAAAGAGCCGUUUGCUGGCCAAUGCUGCUCUCCACCUUCAGCCACCAAUCUGCCUUCCACCUGGCGACUAACAUGUUUGUCCUGCACAGCUUCUGCUCAGGGGCGGUCGCUUCACUGGGCAAGGAGCAGUUCCUGGGACUCUACCUGACCUCAGGGGUUGUGUCCUCUUUGGUCAGUCACCUUUACAAAGUUUCAACAAAGUUCCCUGGCAGGUCUUUGGGAGCCUCUGGUGCCAUCAUGGCCAUCCUUGGCUAUGUCUGCACAGCGCACCCUGACAUUCGACUGUCCAUUAUCUUCCUGCCACAGUUCAACUUCACAGGAGAAAUGGCCAUCAAGUGUUUGCUCCUGAUGGACUCGGUGGGCAUGGUGCUCCGGUGGCGCUUCUUCGACCACGCGGCCCACCUCGGCGGUGCCCUCUUUGGCAUUUUCUGGGCUAUGUACGGACAAGGUUUGUGGAUGAAAAGAGAGGUUCUAGUCACGUGGUGGCACAACCAACGUGGGGUGCCCUCAAAGUGAAGAAUUUUUGAAAGCAAAAAAAGUUCAACUUGUGUUAUAUUUAUUUUCUCCGUCAAUUCUCGCUGUUAUUAUUGUUGGUUUUGAAAGAAUGAAGUGACAAUAAAUUAAAAAUUAAAAUAAAAGUCACUGUUUUAAUUAU